AUGGUAGAUCCACCAACCUUCAGUCUCGGGUUGACAGCUUCGGAUGAGGAGAAAGGGAAUGCUUCAUCAUCUGGUGCUGAGGCAAAUGUACAACAUAAAGGAAAGGAAAAAAAAGAUGAGAAGAAAGUAAGUGAUAAAGUGGGGAAAGAUAACGAUGCCGAUCCAAGAUUGAGGCACAAGCUUAGCAUACCUAAGGUGUACGACAUUAUGCAAAUGAUAGAAGGAAAAACAAGGAAAGAUGAGAUAGUUAAGGAACUUACCGAAUGUGGCUUUGGAGGAAUGAGGUAUAUAUGUAAUUGGACAAAGAUUCCUACCUUCUUUGUGGAUUGGAUAGUAAAAAGCUUUGAAAAAGAGCACAUGUGGAUUAGACUGACAAAGACAAAGGUACUCCCUUUGAGAGAUGAUGAUGUACAUCGAGUGUAUGAGCUACCAAUGGCGGGGAAGGAAAUUAACUUGGAUCUUUGUUCUGAUGGAGCUAUAAGGAGACUAAGAAGAGAAUUAGGAUUGGGUGGGGGUAGUUCUCCACGUGUGAAGGUGAGUGAUUUGGAAAGUAAAUUGAAGACGAUCGAGCAUCCAAAAGCAUGGGUUAAAGGGGCAAUCUGUUAUAUCAUUCACAAUAUUUUGUGCCCCACUAAUCAUAGUGGUGUAUCACUACAAUAUGCACAAAUAUUGGAGGAUCCAGCCGGUGUGUCAUCGUACAAUUGGUGUUCAUAUGUUCUUCAAUAUAUGAAAGAAGGUUUGCAAAAUCCGAUUGUUGCAAAUCCAUUAGCCGACUUCCAUUUCCUCAUGAUUAAUUAUAUGGAAAAGAUGGGGAAGAAAAGCCCAUUUCUGACCGGGAGAUACAAACGACCCUCACUUCGUGAUUGGGACGUAAAGACGGCAACCCAAGAUAUUCAAAAGGUCCACGAUGUUAUGGGACUCGAGUAUGGGUUGACAGCCGGUGUAACCACAUUGAACAACACUGAUGAAGUGCCACUCGUGCUAUGCUUUGAUGCAGAUACUUGUCCAUUGUCUGCGGCACCGAUGCAUCUUAAUCACUGUAGGUCCUGUAUAAUGAUCUACAAUAGAGCUGCUGAAAUAUUGUAAAGAAGGUUAGCUGAAGGUAAAG